AUGUUCUCCAGAAGGAAGCCUUCCCCUUCCCUGCCUGCCUGCCCCAACGUGCUCACGCCCAACAAGAUCCCCGCAUUUCUCAUCCCGCCCAGCCUAGAGACCCUUCGGAUCCGGCGCUCGCAAAGGAACGAGAGCCCUACAACCAGCGAGGCCCAGGCUUGUCCUCUGGAACAACACAUCAUCCAGGUGGAAAGCUACGACCAGGAGGAAGGGUGGCCUCCCAGGCGCCUCCGGAGCACCGCUUCCAUGCCUCAACUCUCUAGCCCAGAGGGCUGGGACUUUUUGCCCGAGAGUCCCCACACACGCCGACGAGAGUCCCUCUUCCACGACGUACGCCAGCCCCGACGGUUGGGGGCCAGGUUCUCAUCUCCCUCAAGGCCUCUCACCCGCCCUGGCACAACCCCGGACAGUGAUACGGCCUCCUCUGCCGAGACGUCCCCCUAUGGUUCCCCCCUGCCCUUGCGGCCUCUAGGGGGCACCCUGGCACGACCAGUGAGUGGGCACCGAAGGAGAUUCAUGUUUUGCUCCCCCAAACUCAAGGCAGGGCUUCGGCCUGGCUCCAUAUCCGCCGAAGAGACCAGCUCUACGGACACCAGUCCCAGCGUUUCGCGCCGGGACACCGAGCUUUCCUCGGGGUCCCCUGCCUCCCUGCCCCCGCUACCGACCUUCCCGUUGGACUUCUUCCAUUGCCACGAGCGCCUCACCAAGGAGGUGACACUGACCAUGAGCAAAGAGGGGCGCUUGAGGCUGUCUACGGAAUAUCUGCUGCCACAGAGGCGCGUCCGGGUCCGCCUCGUCAGCGCAGAAGGGUUCUACCGGCCCCACUGCGACCCGCGGCACAUCAGCUGCUGUGUCUCCCUGUCGCUGAGGCCGGGGUCGGUGCAACGGCAGCGCAGCGCGCUCAUCAAGAGAAGCCGCAACCCCAUCUUCAACGAGGACUUCUUCUUUGAGGGGGUCUUGCCCGACGAGUUGUGCAGGUGGAGCCUGAGGGUCAAAGUGGUCAACAAGGGCUCCGGCGUGCGGCGGGACGUGGUCUUGGGCGAAUGGGAACCCCCUCUCGACUCUCUUUUGCCCCUUUAGCAUAUCUGG